AAUUACGUGUAAUUUUAAUGAUCGAUUUAGUAAGUAUUAUAACUACUGGCGGAGUCAUCCUAUUUUACAAAGUAUUCUGAUUUCAUUAAACAACUAGGCUCUAUGCUAAAUAAAGGAGGAUGUUUUGGGAAAAGUCAUCGAUGGAUGUUUACAAUAGAAAACAUCAUUAUAAUUGGGAUCAAUGAAAGUUCAAUGGGUCAUAUUAAAUGAAUUAGGAUUGAUAUUUAUCGUUUCUUAUCAAGAAAUCUUUUUCAUCCAAUAUAUCGAUGUAUUGUUGAAAAUGUUGUAAACUUAAUUCAAAUAAAUAUACAAUCCUGCAAUUAAAUAAAAAGGAAUUUACAAGUAUUUAUGUCAUCUUACAGGGUAGGUCUAUUCCAGAGUUUGAUUCUGGUUUUGAGGAAGUCAUGAAGAUGUGGUAAUUGUAUUGUGACAAAAGGAGUGAGAAAGAAAAAGAAGGACCAACAAGAACAUAAGAUUAAUAGUAAGAAUAAUUUUCAACAUUCGAACCAAAGGUUGAAACAGGUAAUACGCCGAAUGAAGAGCCAAAUGAUGGUUAAUAAAAGUUAAGCAAAUCAGAAAUAAUAAAAAUGAAGAUGUAAUAAAAGUCUGGAACACGAUCUCCAAAAGAUGGUACAAAGUCCCCUUAAGAUGGUGCUAAAUCUCCUGUUGAUAGUAGAUCACCAAAAUAGUCUGUCAUUAUGAAUACAAACAUAACAAAAAAAUAAAUUGAAUCUUUGGAUUUCACUAGUAAGGGACAAAGUUAAGUCUAAUCCAAUUAAAAUGAGAAAUAUAUGACUUAAGAAUAAGAAGAUGAUUUAUUAAAGUAAUUUGUUGGUGAUGAUGAUCCUUUAUUCGGUUCAGAUGAUGAAAAUCCAAAAUAACAAAAAAAACAAGGUUUAUUUUAAAAAUUGACAGGAAAGAUUUAGAACCUAACAGGAAAUAAAUAAUUAACUGAAGAAGAUCUGUUACCAGUUUUAGAUGAUUUCAAAAAUGCCUUAAUGUAGAAAAAUGUAGCAGAAGAAAUAGCAUAAAAAUUAGUUGACUCCAUAAAAACCAAUUUAUUGGCUACAAAAACAAAAGCAUUUUAAUCAAUCAGAACAUCAGUAUAAGAAGCAAUGAAGUCAACGUUAACAAGAAUUCUGACACCAAAUAGACACAUUGAUAUUAUUGCUGAAGCAUUGAGAGCAAAAGAAAAACAAAAACCUUAUGUAAUAGUAAUCAUAGGAGUUAAUGGGGUUGGAAAAUCAACAACAUUAGCAAAAUUAGGAUACUUAUUCAAAAGUUAAGGAUUCUCAUUGAUGAUUGCAGCAUGUGAUAAUUUCAGAGCUGGAGCUGUAGAAUAAUUAAAGACUCAUGGAUAAUGUUUGGGAAUUCCAGUUUAUGAUAGAGGAUAUAAAGAUGAUCCUCCCGAGAUUGCUUAUUAAGCUAUAAGAGAAGCAACGAUCAAAAAAAUUGAUGUUGUUUUAGUAGAUACAGCUGGAAGAAUGUAACACAACGAACCUUUGAUGAGAGCAUUGUCAAGGAUAGUUACAAUGAAUAAUCCUGAUCUUGUUUUAUUUGUAGGGGAGGCCCUCGUUGGUAACGAUGGAGUAGAUUAAUUGGUUAAUUUUAAUAAAGCUUUGAUUGUGAAUAGUCCAAAGGAUAACGUAAGAGAGAUCGAUGCUAUAAUUUUAAGUAAAUUUGACACUGUUGAUGAAAAAGGUAAAUGAUUAAUCAUAUUUGGUAGUUGGUGCAGCAUUAUCCUUAACAUCAGCAACAGGCAAACCAAUUCUGUUCGUUGGAGUAGGACAGAAAUAUACACAUUUAAAAAAAUUAAAUGUGAAUACUGUUGUAAGAGCAUUAUUACAAUGAAAGUAUUGAAAUAUACAUAAUAUCCA